GGAGGGAGGGCGUCUUCCAAGGGGACAAUCGGAGAGAGAGGCGGAGCGAGCGAGAGGGAGGUGAGAGAUAUUGAUACGAUGCUCAAUGCGCCUUCGUAAUCACACCGGAGAUUGGCGUCAUGGGGUUGGAGGAACGUUUUAGAUUUGGUACGGAGACUUCUUCCUCCUCCUCCUCCUCCUCCUCCUCCUCUGCAAGAGAGGGAGAAGGAGAGCUGAACGAUGAGAGUUCCGGUGUGCGGGGGUGACCAGCUGGGCUCGUUAGAGGACAGCCAUUACAGCCUUUCGCAUGGCAUCCUCCCUCCACUUGGCGCCAGGAGCAACCGCCGGGUGAAGCUCAAGGACUUCAUCAUCUCUCCUUAUGAUCGUCGUUACAGAGGGUGGGAAAUUUUUCUAAUCCUUCUGGUUAUCUACUCUGCGUGGGUGUCACCGUUCGAGUUUGGAUUCCUGAAUGCGGCAAAGGGAACCCUUGCGGUGUUCGAUAAUGUCGUCAAUGCGUUCUUCGCAGUUGAUAUUGUCAUGACCUUCUUUGUUGCUUACGUCGAUAGGAACACCUACCUGCUUAUCGAUGAUCGACGAAAGAUUGCUCGGAAAUACUUGUUUUCUUGGUUUAUUCUAGAUGUCAUCUCCACUAUACCAUCGGAGCUUGCUCGAAAGAUCUUACCAAGAAGCCUCAGAUCUUAUGGGUUCUUCAACAUGCUUAGACUGUGGCGGCUUCGGAGAGUUAGUGCUCUAUUUGCCAGGUUGGAGAAGGACAGAAAAUUCAGCUACUUUUGGGUUCGCUGUGUGAAACUUAUCUGUGUAACUUUGUUUGCAGUUCAUUGUGCUGGGUGUUUCUAUUAUCUCCUUGCAGCAAAGUACCCUGACCCAACAAAAACAUGGAUUGGAGCAUCGUUGCCUGAUUUUAAAUCAGAAACCUUAUGGGUCCGCUAUGUGACAUCAAUGUAUUGGUCAAUUACCACACUUACUACUGUUGGAUAUGGUGACCUACAUCCUCAAAAUGAAAGAGAGAUGAUAUUUGAUAUUGCAUACAUGUUGUUCAAUCUUGGAUUGACUGCAUAUUUGAUUGGUAACAUGACUAAUCUAGUAGUCCAUGGUACCAGCCGUACAAGGAAAUUUAGAGAUACAAUUCAAGCAGCCUCAAGUUUUGGGAUACGAAAUCAGUUACCUACACGGUUGCAAGAUCAAAUGCUUGCACAUUUGUGUCUAAAGUACAGAACUGAUUCAGAAGGACUGCAGCAGCAAGAAACUCUAGACUCCCUUCCAAAAGCCAUUCGUUCCAGCAUUUCCCACUAUCUAUUCUAUGCUCUGGUUGAUAAAGUUUAUCUAUUUGGAGGGGUUUCAACUGAUUUGAUUUUUCAGUUGGUCUCUGAGAUGAAAGCUGAAUAUUUUCCACCAAAGGAGGAUGUUAUCUUGCAAAAUGAAGCACCUACAGACUUUUAUAUUCUGGUGACUGGUGCUGUGGACCUUAUUAUGUACAAGAAUGGAUCUGAGCAGAUUGUCGGUGAUGCACGUGCUGGAGACGUUAUUGGAGAAAUAGGAGUUUUAUGUUACAGGCCUCAAUUAUUUACAGUUCGUACAAGGAGACUUUGCCAGCUUUUACGGAUGAAUCGUACCACGUUCCUGAAUAUAGUUCAGUCUAAUGCUGGAGAUGGAACCAUAAUCCUACGUAAUUUUUUGCAGCACUUGAAAGAAAGUGAUGAUCCAGUGAUGCAAGGAGUUCUAGCAGAGACUGAGACUAUGCUAAAGAGAGGAAGAAUGCAUUUGCCUCUCAACCUUUGUUUUGCUGCACAAAGAGGAGAUGACUCGCUGUUGAAACAACUGUUACAAAGUGGAUUGGACCCAAAUGAAGCUGACAUAAGUGGGAAAACAGCACUGCAUAUAGCAGCAGCUGAUGGAAAUGAAAAAUGUGUUCAAGUUCUAAUUGAUCAUAACGCAGACGUUAACAUCCGAGAUUUGGAUGGAAGUGUACCACUAUGGGAAUCAAUAGUUUCAGGACAUGAUGCAGUGAGCAAGCUGUUAUUUGAAAAUGGUGCAAAUCUACAACCUGGUGACAUGGCCAACUUUGCUUGUGUUGCUGCUGAGCGCAGCAGUAUUCAGAUGCUGAAGGACAUAGUGCAUUAUGGCGGUGACGUAACAAUUGCAAGGAGCAAUGGGACAACUGCACUUCAUGUGGCUGUCUGUGAAGGGAAUGUUGAUGCUGUCAAGUUUCUUGUGGACCAUGGUGCUGACAUUAAGAAGCCAGAUCAACAAGGUUGGACCCCAGUUGCACUGGCAGAGCAGCAAUGCCAUGAAGAGAUAAAGGCUGUAUUCAGCUCCAUGGGAGGGAGCUGCCUUACUAAGACAGGAUCCGAUUCUCAUUUAUUGGCACCAAAGCUGGCUCCUCCUACACUGAAGAAUGCCAGUAGCAUGCCUAACCCACUCUUCCUCCGGCCUUCAUUUACAGUUGAUCAACAUAGGCGAGAAUCAGACAACUUUCGGAAUUCACUCUUUGGUAUCCUGUCUUUGGCACAUGAUUUUGGUAAAAGAGUGGGUCCAAUGUCUCUUGAAGAUCAGAAGAAUGGCACAAUAGGAGGUGAGGUCAUCGCUAAGAGAGUGACGAUACAUGGUCUCCAAACAGGCCAUAAUGGUGGGAAGCUUAUUUGGCUGCCUGGGACAAUGGAAGAGCUACUUCAUAUUGGUGCCGAGAAGUUUGGUUUUUUGUCUACACGGGUCCUAACUGUAGAUAAAGCUGAUAUUGAUGACAUAAGCUUAAUAAGGGAUGGAGAUCAUUUGUUUCUAGUCGAAGAUGGGAAGUCAACUGUUUCUAAAGAAGAGACAGGAGAGUUGUAACUUUUAUCUGCCAAUCUCUUAACCCACAGUUGAGAUAGGUUUGCUCACAGGUGCUCAAAGGAUGACAUGAAUGUCAGACAAGGUUCAUUCCAGAGCUAAUUCACAGUUGUUGGAGUUCCCGAGCCAUAAAGAGGGGUUGCUAUGAUCAUAGUUGACUGGUCGUGCUUUUAGAGAUCUUUGUAUUAAAUAAAGUAAGGAUACCGCCAGUUCUAGCAGCUUCUGGAAUCAUGUUUACAUGUGAGCAUCACAUUCCCAGCUUAAGGAAAUUGCUUAUUGCCAUAGCAUCAAUGGCCUCUCAGUUGUGUACAUUUCCAGUGAAAGCAUCAAAUCUGCAAAUUCCAACAAAAUUUUUGAAGUUUCAAUAUGCGAGUUGUGAAUAAGGGUGAACAUUUGAUUACUGGUUGUUUAAUCGCCUCUCAAAUUUUCUAUUCCAAUGAAAGCGACAAAGAGACAACUCCUAUCACAA